UUGGCUUGUUUAGAGUUUGACAGAGAAUUUCGAGUGUUUUUAUAAAGCGCUGCCGGUCUUACGUACGUAUAUAAUUAUCAGCGGUUUCAGUCUGGUAUAUCAUUGGGAGUACGCGACGAGCCUCCGCUCGCUCGAAGCUGCCAUCUCUCUUUCUCCGGGCCCCUUUCUCCGCUUGGAAAAAAAGACGUCGAUAUAAACUCGGCGUAUGUCAUCUCGAGAGCCUAGUACCAGCGGCGAGCCCGCAUACGGUCGAAUAUCACUCGCGUUCAUCGAGUUUUUGGCAGGGAACGCGUCUGCGAGAGAAGAUACGAGAAUAAGACAAAAGUCAGAGACGUUUCGAUCGAGAAAGGAAGAAGAUAAGUUCCGAAGACUCGCAUCGAAUUGGUAAAGUUCGACGCACAUUACAUCAGCUGUCUUUCACCGGCUCGGUGACAACAACUGCCACGCUUCGUUUUCUGACGCAAACGAAGUAAAACUCACCAGUCAGCUGUACACACCAUUAUCUCAUUUGUAUUUACUUGCGCCUCUUUUUCCCUCUGCCCCCUCCCUUCAGCUCUGACAGCAUUUAUCCGCUCCGAGCUCCUUCCCGAAGAUCUGUUGUCAUAGAUCUUUAACUGCUCCAACGUCCCCACUCUCUCAUCCCCGGGUCCGGAAGUCUGUCAAACAAGCGACGACCAAUCGCCUCUUCGAAUCACCGGGGGCUCGACCUACGAUCGCCAAUUCGAACCAACGCUUUUUUUUAUUUCCCACCGAAGCACAACCGAGUUUUGCUAUAAAAAGGGACGCUCGUCCACCACCGAAGCAAGAUGCCAACGAUCAGGUGGAUCGCUACGAGACGCGCUACCAAUUUCAAUACCCUCCACAAUCGCCUCAACGAACCAAGAAAAUUUUCCAGUUUUGUGGUACGCGCCAAUCUUCAUGAAACCAACGCCAAAUGUGCCAAUAAAGUUUCAAGAGUCUCGGAAAAUCUCGUCGCUCGCGAUAACAACAGACCGAUAUUCGCUUCUUAUUCCAUUUUCACGAAUUCCCGGGACAACUACAGAAGCACCAACAUGCCUCAGUGCAUCGGCAAACUUUAUCCGCAGGUCUCGAACCUGCUGGCGACGCACGCAGCGAAAAGUCCGCACUCCGAUUACGACAGCAACGAUCAUAUCGGGGAGGUUCCUAUUAUCAGUAAAAUCGCAACUCCGUUGCUCCCGAAGGUUCGCGCUUACAUCGAAAACUGCGUUCGCCUUUGCAGACCGGAUGUCGUUUAUAUCUGCGACGGCAGCGAGAGCGAAAACGAGUCGAUGAUCAAACUGCUCGAAAAAAAAGGCACCGUUGAGCCUCUGCCGAAAUAUGAAAACUGUUGGUUAGCGAGAACAAAUCCAGCGGAUGUGGCACGAGUGGAAAGUCGCACGUUCAUCAGCACUGAAAAUAAAAGUGAAACGAUACCAACGCCUCGCGAGGGUGUGAAGGGGACGUUGGGUAAUUGGAUAUCACCGAACGACAUGGACACUGCGAUUCUGGAGCGAUUCCCUGGCUGUAUGGCAGGGCGAACGAUGUACGUGAUACCGUUCAGUAUGGGACCGGUGGGUUCUCCACUCUCGAAAAUCGGUAUCGAGAUCACGGACUCCCCGUACGUCGUAUGUUCCAUGAGAAUAAUGACGCGAAUGGGUAAAAAAGUAUUGGAGACCCUCGGUACGGGGGAUUUCGUCAAGUGUUUGCAUUCGGUGGGUUUGCCAGCUGAGAAUUCCAAGCUCGCAGUCAAUUCUUCGUGGCCUUGUGAUCCCGAGAGAACGAUAAUCCUUCACAAACCCGCUGAAAAUGAGAUCGUUUCAUACGGCAGUGGCUACGGAGGCAAUUCGCUGCUUGGAAAGAAAUGCUUUGCCUUGAGAAUCGGUUCAACUAUCGCCCGCAAAGAGGGUUGGCUCGCCGAGCACAUGUUGAUUUUGGGAGUCACGAAUCCCCGAGGCAAAAAACGUUACAUCGCAGCCGCAUUCCCGAGCGCUUGUGGAAAAACGAAUCUCGCGAUGAUGCAACCGACGCUUCCGGGCUACAAAGUCGAGUGCGUUGGCGACGACAUUGCUUGGAUGAGGUUCGACAAAAAUGGCAAACUUCGAGCUAUCAAUCCGGAAAAUGGAUUUUUCGGGGUUGCUCCUGGCACGGGAACAGCCACUAAUCCAAACGCCAUGAAAACUGUCUUCAGAAAUACACUUUUUACGAACGUCGCUGCGACCAGUGACGGUGGCGUCUUUUGGGAAGGCAUGGAAAAAGAAACCGACCCCAAUGUCGAGAUAACCGAUUGGCUGGGAAAGAAAUGGAACCGCGAUUCAAAAGUGCCAGCGGCUCAUCCGAAUUCGCGGUUUUGUACACCGGCGAAGCAGUGUCCAAUAAUCGAUCCAGCGUGGGAGGACCCGGAGGGGGUGCCGAUAGACGCGAUUCUUUUCGGGGGUCGGAGACCGGAGGGAGUGCCGUUGGUUUACGAAGCUAGGAACUGGCAGCACGGAGUGUUCAUCGGUGCGACGAUGAGAUCGGAAGCGACGGCGGCAGCGGAGCACAAGGGCAAAGUGAUCCUGAACGAUCCGUUCGCGAUGCGGCCAUUUUUCGGUUACAAUUUCGGGCACUAUUUGGAGCACUGGUUGAGCAUGUCGAAGAUCGAGAACGCUCAGCUCCCGACGAUAUUCCACGUUAACUGGUUCCGCAAAUGUGAGACGGAAAAGAAAUUUUUAUGGCCUGGUUUUGGGGAAAAUUCGCGAGUUCUCGAUUGGAUCUUGCGCCGCAUCGAAGGCGAAGACAUCGCGACCGAUUCGCCGAUCGGAUACUUGCCCAAGCCGGAAAGUCUCAACCUCGAUGGCCUGCAGGCCAAAGUCGAUCUCGAACAGCUCUUCCGAUUGCCCGGAAACUUCUGGAAGAGAGAAGCUCGCGAGUUGAGGGAUUACCUCGACGCUCAAGUCGGCAAAGAUCUGCCAAAAGAAAUAAUGCAAGAGCUGGAAACACUCGAAAAGAACGUCGCUAAAAUCGACUCGUAAAAGAAAGAAACUUUUAUAUUUCUUAACGAAAAAACGCUGGAAGCAAACAUUCCUAACAUUCAGGACCAGGGAUCAAAAAUAUACUCAAAUGAUCCUCGUCAAUCUGUAUAUAUUCAAAUUCGAUAGUAUUACGUACUCACACUUUUACACGAAAGCCCAAAAAAUACGAGAAUUUACUUUCUCCACACUUUAUUAUGUACACUUGAUUCAAAUCUUCUCACUCGGCUGUUCAAAUGAAUAAUUUUUGUCGCACAAUACAUCAGGAUUUUUCA